UUUUGCCGAUCGUCAAAAAGACAUGUUCUGUGAUUGUUUAUUCUUUUGAAAUCUUUUGUUGUGCGACUCAAUGUUGUUUGAGUCGCACAUGUUUUAAAUUACAAUAUGAGUUUACGUUGAAUUGAAGUAAAUAGUUGCUUUAAACGCUGUCAAAUCUGGAAAAAAUUGACAAUAAUGUGGACGCAGAAAUGGGCAAUUUAGCUACGGUGGUGAGAUUUGGUGCUGCUUUGUUGCCCUACUUUGUGGAUUACGCGCAAGGGAAUAACGAAACUAUACCAGAAUGUAUCGAGUCUUCAGAAGGUUGCCUUUGGUGCAAAGGAGCAUACUGUGCUCGAUGUGCUGUUCUUCUACAUCAAGGGAGAUGUGUAGAUACAUGUCCACCAGGUCACAUUGCUGAUCGUUCAACCAGAGUUGAUUAUAUGGGACGAAUAUGUCGAGAAACGGGUUACAUGUUUGGACUGACUGGAAGUCAAGUGGCGAUCUUUGUCGGUAUUCUUUCUGGAGCUACCAUUUGUAUAUUCAUUAUAGUUUGCGGUGCAAUCGUAUUUCAUAGAAGAAAGAAAAAAGCUGCAAAGUUAAUUCGGCAGUAUGAAGACAGUGCCGAGAGACGAGAAUUUCUAAAGCAUCUUGCGACAUUACGGGGAGAAGCUAACACUUUUCUUGCAAUGUUAAACGACACACGACGACAAGUUCGUGAAUUAUAUUAUUCUGGUAAUAAUGGUGAUGGUGCUGUUGGAGUUCAAGCUUACAGACCUGUACUUCGUGACCUUGCAAGAAUCCUAGUUCUAGUAAAUAGGAGUGAUGAUGACAUAUAUUUACCACCAGAUGAUUGGCAAAGGCUCCUAUCAUGGGCAGAACGCUUGCUUCGACGAUACAAAAAACACACGUCACCCGAGGUGGCUCAAUUGGUUACAUUCCUACAACAACCAACGCCUGUUACUCCAAUGGUUCCAACAACUCAACAGAUAGCAAUCACUCAACCGGCAUCGCAGGCAUAUGAAAUAAAAACGACUCCAACGAAUCUCACAACAUUCCAGUCGAACAUACCAUUGACAACUUUCCAAGCAAGUGAUAAAUCGAGCAUAAGUCCAGCCAGUUCAAUUAUCGGUUAUAAUAAAGACAGUCCAAUAAGUUCAAGUUUAGGACAAAAUAGUUCAAUUGCUUACAAUGAAAAAUUAAGUCCCUCAGGUUCAACUGUUGGUCAAACAACGCCACUUGUUUUAAACAAUCAAGCAAGGCGGCAUUCGUUACAUUUUCAAGAACUUGGUAUCUCAGCAUUUAAUAAUUCAUUCAAUUUAGCUGGGACUUUAGGGAAUAACAGUGUUUCAUGCACUGAAAGUGAGUGCAAUGGUCUUAACAGGAAUCUCAAUCCUCAGUGGGAGUUUCAAAGCACGAAUGAAGAAACUAAUUACACAAUACUGGCCGACUGGGCUCCAGCUAGAGACUACCUCAUUGAUGACUUCACGAUUCUUGGCCUAAGACCGCAGGAUGAAAUUACUACUGAGUUGUAAUGAUGACAAUCAUUCUAGUAUCGGUGUUAUUAUGUUAAUAAAGAACUUUAUAAUAUUUAUAAACAUUUAAUAGUGUCAACGUGAUUUUUUGUAUCGUAAAAAUAGUUCAUACGACUGAUCUGUUCGACAAAAUCAUCGAUAUACAAUAUAGGAAUUUGUGAACAUACCAAAUAAUUAUAAAAAUUAAUUUUUGAUAACCAUAUAAUAUUAUUAAUAAGAGUACUCAUGUCAUCUUGGUACGAAUACGGAAUGUGUAAUCGACGCUAGUCAGCGUUGUUUAAUAUAUAAAUUAUAAUGAACAUUUGACAAUUGUAAAAAAAUAUUUAAAAAAUUUUCAAUAAUUAUACAUACAUAUCGUAAAAUGUUCUAAGCUUUAACAUUAAAAAAAAAUAUUUGUGAAUAAAUACCGAUCUACGAAGGAGUGUAGAUUAGUAUGUUUUUGUAUACAUUGCGAACAUCGUGCAAAAAACUCAAAUUGAGUUCGACUGUACAAAAUUAUGUAAAUAAUUAAAAAAAAUAAUUAAGAUAUAAUUAUACAUUAUUCAUUUAAAUAUGUAAUAUAUGCAUUUAUGUUUAUAGA